GAGUGCAAAAAAUUUCUUACAAAAACACAAAAAAAAAUCAUAACUGGGAUUGCAUUAUCGCAAGGCAAUAUGUCCUUCCUUUUAAAUGGUAAACUUUUACGAUCUUCACUAUCGAAGACAGUUUUAAACUGGACCGGACUUGGGGCUACGCGUGAAAAGCACGUGAUGCCCAAGCAUUUGGAAAAAAUCAAUAAAGACAAAGACCCACCAUUUGCACACAUGGUUGAGUAUUAUUAUCACUCGGCCGCUCAGCUAAUGGAGCCGAUGAUGAUAAAGGAGCUGGAAAAGUAUCCUUACAUGAAGAAGGAACAGCGUGAACAACGUGUUUCCGCCAUGCUUAAAUUGAUGGGCUGCACUACAAAUCUAUUGGAAGUUACCUUCCCUAUAAUAAGAAGUGAUGGCAAUUACGAGCUAAUCACCGGCUAUCGCGCACACCACACUAGACACAGAUUACCACUCAAAGGCGGCAUACGUUUUGCCAUGGACGUCGACGCCGAUGAGAUACGCGCUUUGGCUUAUCUGAUGGCGUUUAAGACGGCUUGCGUGAAUGUACCGUUUGGUGGUUCCAAGGGUGGCAUACGUAUCGACCCGAAGAAGUAUACUGCACAAGAAUUGCAAACAAUUACGCGUCGCUAUACAAUGGAGCUAUUACGUCGCAAUAUGAUAGGUCCGGGUAUAGAUGUACCGGCACCAGAUGUGAAUACCAGCCAACGCGAGAUGAGUUGGUUGGUGGAUCAAUAUAUUAAAACUUUUGGCUAUAACGAUGUAGAUGCAUUGGCCAUCACGACUGGUAAGCCAGUAGAAAUAGGCGGUAUAAAUGGUCGCACCGCCGCCACGGGACGUGGUCUAUUUAAGGCGGCUGAAUGUUUUAUUAUGGAUAAAGAUUGGAUGGAUUUAUUAGGCUGGAAGACUGGUUGGAAAGAUAAAACCGUGAUCGUACAAGGGUUUGGCAAUGUCGGUUCCCAUGCAUCCGUUUUUGUAGUGGAAGCCGGUGCCAAACUGAUCGGUGUUCAAGAAUUUGACGUGUCUCUAGUAAAUGAGAAUGGCAUUGAUCCAAAGGACUUAAUGGAGUAUUAUGCAAAAAAUAAUAAAUCAAUCAAGGGCUAUACCAAAGCCACCGAAAAAGAGGGCAGUUUGUUGGGUGAAAAAUGCGAUAUACUAAUGCCUUGCUCUACGCAAAAGGUUCUCACUGUCGAAAAUGCUAACAGUGUACAAGCCAAGAUGAUUUUAGAAGGCGCUAAUGGUCCUUCGACGCCAGCUGCCGAUGAAAUAUUACGUAAAAAGAAUGUACUCAUUAUACCGGAUUUGUUUUGCAAUGCUGGCGGUGUAACGGUAUCCUACUUUGAGUACUUAAAGAAUAUCAAUCAUGUAUCUUAUGGCAAAAUGAAUGUUAAACGCGAGAAAGCCAUAAUCAACGAGAUCUUUAACUCCAUGAAUGAGUGCGAGGUAAGUGAACUUUGACCACCGUGCAAAUAACCAAACAAAAAGUUAAAGCUCAUAAGAGACUGUACGAAGGAGGCGGAUAUUGUAGACGCAGGACUACAAACAGUUAUGGAAACUGCGGGGGCAGGCAUUAAGAUUGUGGCCAAUGAAUUCGGUCUCUGCAAUGAUUUACGCACCGCUGCCUUUAUUUACUCGAUUUCUAAGAUUUUCCGAGCCUUAGAAAUGGAGGGCAUUUCUCAACAAUAA